CCACACCGCCGCGCGUCACGCCCGCCCCGCGUUCUUCCCAACCCACCUUCAUCACCCUCUCCUGCCGCCGACGAUGGACGAGAUCAACAAGAUCCCGCCCGUGACGCGCAGCCUCGUGGGCGCCACGUGUCUCGUGUCGCUGCCGACGAUGCUCAAGCUCGUCAGCCCCAUCACCGCCUUCUUCUUCGGGCCGCCGGGCCUCUCCUUCAUCUUCGACCUCUUCUUCCUCUUCCGCCAUGCGCAGGAGCUAGAGCUCAACUACUUCCACCGCCGCACCGCCGACAUGGCGUGGAGCCUCGUCAUCAUGGGCGCCGUCAUCCUGGCGGCCAACUAUCCGCUGCGCAGCAGCGUGCUCCACUCGCCGCUCAAUCACGCCCUCACUUACCUCUGGGCACGCGCAAACCCGCACGGCAGCACGUCGCUCUUCGGCUUCGUCACCAUCCCGGCAAAGUUCCUGCCGUACGCCAUGCUGGCGCUCGACUUGCUGCAGGGCGGGCCUGACGCGCUGAUCCUCGGCGCCACGGGCCUCGUCGGCGCACACGCCUACUUCCUACUGCACGACAUCAUGCCGGCGAGCAACGGCGGGCGCGGGCCACGCUACCUGCCCGCCACGCCUGCCUUCCUCAAGCGCCUCUUGCCCGACAGCCGCGACCCCACCGCGCCGCCGCCGGCGACGGAGGAGCACGGCGCAGUGCGCCGCACCGGCUACGGCGGCAUUGCCUUUGCGCCGCGUGGGCGCGCCUUUGGCGACGGCGGUGCAGCAGCUGCGCCGGCGACGGGCGGCCAGGCGCUGGGCUCAGGCGGGUCGGGCAGCAGCGGAGGCGGCCUCUUCGGUAUGUUCCGACGUGGUGGAGCGACCGCAUCGACCGGCACGAGCGGACCGAGCUCGUCUGGGCCAGAUCGCGAGGCGAUGCUGCGGGCUGCCGAGGCUCGGCUGCGUGCGCAGCGCGAGAACAGCAUUGCCGGACGUAAUGCCGGAGCAGCGCGAGCAGCCAGCCAGGCGGCCGCCAGCGAUGCCGCACGGGCACGCGAGGCGCGCGCAGGACGCAGCGAUCUCGGCGGCCGCGAGAGCAGCACGAGUGCACUGCGCGAGAGCUCGAGCACCAGCACGACGGCUCGGCGUGCGGGCGCCGGCGGCAGCAGCAGCUUUGCGACGAUGGCGCGCGCGCCCGACGCCAACGAGAGCGCCUCGGGCAGCGGCGGCAGCGUGGCCGAGGAGCGGAGAAAGGCGCCGCAGCCGGCGCAAGAGGAGGAGGAGAGGAAGCCGCCAGGCGCGAACUCGACAGGCGGAGGCGUCUUCUCGGGCACGGGACAUCGCCUGGGCGACUAGAAGGCAUGCUGGCAAUUGCACUGCUCUAUUAGUGGGUAUCUAUGCGUCUUCGGCUGCCUGUACAAGCUCGACGAAGCGUCGCGCCUCGGGCCGGAAGCAGUCGGCCUGGUUGCUGGACCUGCACAGGGCGUCAGCGCGGGGUUGCGAGCGGUAUGCGUUGGGCUGCUCACCAGGCAGUCGUGAGGAGCAGCUCCUCGGCCUCUUCAGGCAU